AUGUCGGGACGGGCCGAGACGCGAACCCCUGAACCGCCCGACCGCGACGAACACGAAAAGUCACCGCCACGAUUGUCGAGACCGAGACGCACCACCAGACCGCCUAAAAACUAUGGCCAAGAUCAAGAGAUCGACAUCCAACAGAGAAACGCGCGCUCCCAGCGGAAGAAUGGGGCCCAGGGCAAGCCUAUAGCCCGACAUGAAGCGGUAACUUUGGACGAUGCCUCAACCGAGAGCGACGACCUGGACGUUGCCGACCUGGUGAAAGAGCUUGUGAAACUCAGGAGAGACAUCAAACGGCGAGAUGGUUUGCAUAGAAAAGAGAUGCAGAAAGUACAAGAAGAACUGCAGAAAGUCAAGGAAGAAUUCAGCGCCGCCCUUGCAGACGUUCGACACGAACUACAGACCCUGACAGAUAGACCCCUUACACCGCAACCCCUUUCCGAACCAUGCCCCCAGAACGGUCACGAUGAGAUCCUUCGCGAAAUCCAAUCCUUACGCAUUGCAAUCAGUCCUGCAGACCUCACCACGGGAUCCCCUUCCUAUGCAGAUGUUGCCCGCACUCCCCCAACCAGCUACCCGAGCAACAUACGGACUCUCUCAUCGUCGAACACGACACCGACCACCUUCACCGACACGCUGUAUUGCACGAUAGACACCUCAAAGAUGGUAAACAAUGAAAGUGAGAAGAUGUCCGCAGGUCCGAUCCGGGCGGCGGUUGAAACAGAGAUCCGAAUGAUGGAAAAGCACACGGACUGGCGCUGUCGCGCCGUCACGGUGGAUCCGAAAAACACAAACCGGAUCAGAAUAGCAUGUCGCGAUGAAGCUGAACACCAGCUAGUCAAGAAAGUGGCGGAAGCAAAGAUCGGCGAAGGAGCCCGAGUGCUUCGUGACGAGCUUUACCCGAUCAAAGUCGACAGCGUCAACAGGGCCGCAGUUCUGGACGAAAAAGAUGAUAUCCGAGCUGGAGCCACAGCGGCCUUCAGCGAGGAGAACGAAGUCACCGUUGCUAAGAUCGCGUGGCUCAGCAGAAAGGAAAGCGCAAAGGCCUACGGGUCGAUGGUGGUCUACCUAACCAGAGGCACUGAUGCGCGGAGGCUCUUGGCCGACGGGUUCUUCCACGCCGGGGGAGAAUCCGGCGUGACUAGCACCUUUGAACAUCGCCCACGACCGACGCAAUGUUACAAUUGUCAGGAGAUUGGACAUAAAGCAUUCCAGUGUAAAAACGUCCAGAAUGCGUUCCGUGUGGAGGCCCGCAUGAAUCGUAUAGCAAGAACUGCCGGAAGCUCUAUCCGUCGCGUCAUGAGUAACACCUUCCGUAUCAUCCAACUGAACGUGAGAAAACAGGGCGCGGUGCAUGACAGCUUGAUGAAUGACGAACAAACCCGAGACGCAGCGGUGUUAGCGAUCCAAGAACCCCAAGCGAGGAGAAUUCACGGCAGGCUCUUGACGACCCCGAUGGGACAUCACAAGUGGACGAAAAUGGUUCCUUCCGCCUGGAGGGAAGGCAGAUGGGCGAUCCGAAGCAUGCUUUGGGUCAACAAAGAUAUAGAAGCGGAGCAAGUGGCUAUAGAAUCCCCGGAUCUGACGGCGGCGGUCAUCCGACUCCCCGAGCGACUGAUUUUUAUGGCAUCAGUUUACGUCGAAGGGGGAGAUGCCUCGGCGUUAGUUAACGCGUGUGAUCACCUAAGAAAGGCAAUUGCAAAGGUGCGGCGAGACACGGGCGCUGUGGUGGAGGUCAUGGUUGUGGGAGACUUUAACCGCCAUGACCAACUCUGGGGAGGAGACGAGGUGUCCCUAGGAAGACAGGGCGAAGCGGAUCUAAUUAUUGACCUCAUGAACGAGUUUGCUCUCAGCAGCUUACUUAAACGAGGUACAAAGACAUGGCACGGUGGUGGAUGGAGCGGGGACUGCGAGUCGACCAUCGACCUCGUCCUGGCCUCUGAUAAUUUGACAGACUCAAUGAUCAAGUGUGCGAUAUAUGGGACAGAGCACGGCUCAGACCACCGUGCCAUUGAGACUGUGUUCGAUGCACCGUGGUCAGCCCCGAAGCAUCAGGAACGACUUCUUCUGAAGAACGCACCAUGGAAAGAGAUCAAUGCCAGAAUCGCGAGUGCUCUGACUGCCACUCCGUCGGGAGGCACGGUGCAGCAGAAGACUGACCGACUCAUGACGGCGGUCAGCGAGGCGGUGCAUGCUUUGACUCCUAAGGCAAAACCGUCACCACACGCGAAACGAUGGUGGACAGCCGACUUAACACAGCGGCGCCAUAUAUAUACAUACUGGCGAAAUCAUGCUCGCUCGGAGCGUCGGGCAGGACGAAAAGUACCGCACCUGGAAAAGACAGCCCAAAGUGCGGCGAAACAAUACCACGAUGCCAUCCGCAAACAAAAGAAGCAGCACUGGAAUGAGUUUCUCGCAGACAACGAUAACAUCUGGAAAGCCGCUAAAUACCUGAAGUCGGGAGAGGACGCGGCAUUCGGGAAGCUACCGCAGCUCGUUAGAGCAGACGGGACUACCACCACGGAUCAUCAAGAGCAAGCAGAAGAGCUGCUGUCUAAGUUCUUUCCCCCUCUGCCCGACGUUAUUGACGACGAGGGGACCAGACCACAAAGAGAGCCGGUGGAAAUGCCUGCUAUCGGCCUGGAGGAGGUAGAACGACAGCUUUUUGCGGCGAAAUCAUGGAAGGCGCCGGGCGAAGACGGCCUACCGGCGAUAGUCUGGAAGAUGACGUGGCCCACGGUCAAGCACAGGGUUCUCGACUUAUUCCAGGCGUCACUGAAAGAAGGCAUGUUGCCGAGACAGUGGAGACAUGCGAAGAUCAUACCGCUCAAAAAGCCGAACAAGGAAAACUACACUAUUGCGAAGGCAUGGAGGCCAAUUUCGCUCCUCGCGACGCUGGGCAAAAUAUUGGAAUCCGUGGUUGCAGAAAGGAUCUCGCACGCGGUGGAGACACACGGCUUGCUCCCGACCAGCCAUUUCGGGGCCCGAAAGCAACGGUCCGCGGAGCAGGCGCUUGUGCUCCUACAAGAGCAGAUCUACACAGCGUGGCCUGGCCGACGGGUGUUGAGUUUGAUCAGCUUCGAUGUCAAAGGCGCCUACAACGGGGUGUGCAAAGAACGACUGCUCCAGAGAAUGAAAGCGCGAGGCAUACCAGCUGACCUGAUCCGGUGGGUGGAAGCGUUCUGCUCGGAACGAACGGCGACCAUCCAAAUCAAUGGACAAGUGUCGGAGGUCCAGGGACUUCCACAGGCUGGCUUACCUCAGGGCUCGCCUUUGUCCCCGAUCCUAUUCCUCUUCUUUAAUGCAGACCUCGUACAAAGACAGAUCGACAGCCAGGGCGGGGCGAUGGCGUUCGUGGAUGAUUUUACGGCAUGGGUGACCGGGCCAACCGCCCAGAGCAACCGGGAAGGCAUUAAAGCAAUUAUCAAUGAAGCACUCGACUGGGAGAAAAGGAGCGGAGCGACUUUUGAAGCAGACAAAACAGCCAUCAUACACUUUGCUCCCAAGGCUUACAAAUUGGACCAGGGGCCUUUCACUAUCAAGGGACAAACCGUUGCGCCCAAGGAUUAUGUCAAGAUCUUGGGCGUCCUCAUGGACACGAAACUCAAGUACAAGGAACAUAUUGCGAGGGCAGCAUCUAAGGGCCUGGAAGCCGCGAUGGAGCUUCGAAGACUUCGGGUUUUAUCCCCAGCGACAGCGCGGCAGCUAUUUACAUCGACGGUGGCGCCGGUCGUGGACUACGCGUCCAAUGUCUGGAUGCACGCGUGCAAGGAUAAGGCCAUAGGGCCGAUCAACCGCGUCCAAAGGGUAGGAGCGCAGGCGAUUGUAGGAACAUUCCUCACAGUUACGACCAGUGUAGCGGAGGCGGAGGCCCACCUUGCCACCGUUCGACACCGUUUCUGGAGACGAGCCGUGAAGAUGUGGACGGACAUACAUACCCUGCCAGAAACCAACCCUCUCCGCAGGAAUACAGCACGGAUCAAGAAAUUCAGAAGAUACCAUCGUUCGCCGUUGUAUCAAGUAGCAGACGCGCUGAAGAACGUUGAGAUGGAAACACUGGAAACCAUCAACCCGUUCACAUUGGCACUAUGGGAAGUACGCGUACAGGCUGGCGUUGAAGCAACUCCGCAGUCACCGACCGUACCAGGCGGGUCAAUGCAGAUCGCAACCAGCAGUUCAGCACGGAACGAGCUAGUCGGGUUUGGGAUGGCGAUCGAGAGACAGCCACCUCGGUAUCGAAAACUGAACCUGAAGACCCUUUCCGUCACAUUGGGUGCAAGAACAGAGCAAAAUCCGUUCUCUGCGGAGCUAGCAGCGAUGGCACAUGCGUUGAACAUGGCAGUUGGUCUGAAAGACUACAGGAUUACGCUGCUCACGAGCAAUAAAGCGGCGGCUCUGACACUAAGGAAUCCUCGACAACAGUCAGGCCAGGAAUUCGUCUGCCACCUGUACAAGUUGAUGAGAAAGCUACGGAGAAAUGGAAACCAGAUCAAUAUCCGGUGGAUCUCAACGAGCGAAGACAAUAAACUGCGGGGUCUGGCUAAAGAACAGGCCAGAGCCGCGACACAAGAAGAUGCUCUCCCGCAAGAACGCGUCCCGAGAAUGAAGUCAACAACACUGAAUAUCGCACGAUCCCAAGCAGUCCCCAGCAAUGACCUGCCAGCGAACGUAGGGAGACACGCAAAACGAGUUGAUGCAGCACUCCCAGGCAAACACACCCGGCAGCUGUAUGACCGAUUAUCUUGGAAAGAAGCAAGCGUGCUGGCUCAACUCCGAACCGGCAUGGCAAGACUCAAUGGAUAUCUCUAUCGAAUCAACGUAGCAGACACAGACCAGUGUGCAUGUGGACAAGCGAGAGAGACCGUGGAGCACUUCCUAUUUCGAUGUCAAAAAUGGACGGCGCACCGGACGGAACUACUACAAUGUACCAACACCCACCGAGGAAAUAUAUCCUUCUUCCUAGGAGGAAAGUCGCCUUCCGAUGAUCAGAAGUGGACGCCGAACUUAGAGGCAGUACGGGCCUCAAUACGAUUCGCCAUCGCCACAGGCCGACUCGAGGCCACCUAA